GCCAUGGAGAUCAGCCCCAAGAUGCUACUGGCUCUGCUGGUGCUCUGUCUCACCUCCCUCCCCUUGGCCCAUGGAGAUGAGGGGGACCAGCCUCCUCAGCCCGGGAACCUGCUGGGGACCCGGGUACCGCUGUCCACCUCAAACCCAGAGGUAAAGAAGGUCACCCAGUUUGCCGUGGAAAACUUCAACAUGGGCAACAACAGCGUGUAUUAUUUCCGAGACACCAAAAUCCUCAAAGCCGAGAGGCAGCUUGUGUCCGGCAUCAAGUACUACCUGACCGUGGAGUUGGGGAGCACUGAGUGUCGGAAGGACGAGACCACUGGAGAUGGAGUCAACCUGGCCGGUUGCCCCUUUUCCACAGAACAGGAGAAACUAAAGUGUCAUUUUGAGGUGCUGGUGGUUCCCUGGACAAAGAAGACCACCCUGCAGCACAUUUCAUGUUCCCCGGUCUAAGACGACACCAGGGCCAGCUCUGGGGAGGAAGCUGGGGGUGGAGGGGUCUCCCAAGGGCCCUGGUGAUUGAUUGCACAGUGGCCAUGUCUGUCUGAAU